CGGGCGAAGGAGCAAGACGCGGGUCUCCCCGCUCAGACUGCGCCGCCUUCCCUUCCCGCGUGGUCGCUGCCCCGAGGAUGCCUCUGGACGUCGCCGACUGGGACGGGCCUCUGAGCCUCAGCGAGGCGGACGAGAAGCCGGCGCACCCCCUGCGGGUGCUCUAUGGGACCUUGGCGCUGGAGGAACUUGGCCAGGUGCUCACCCCAACCCAGGUAAAGAAUUGUCCAACAGCCAUUGCGUGGAAUAGCUGCGACCCACAGAAACUCUACACUCUGAUCCUGACGGACUUGGAUGUUCCAAGCAGGGAGAAUCCAAAGCUCAGAGAAUGGCACCAUUUCCUGGUGACCAACAUGAAAGGCAGUGACAUCAGCAGCGGAUGUAUCUUGUCAGAUUAUGUGGGAUCAGCACCUUCCAAAGGCACAGGACUUCACCGUUAUGUCUGGCUGAUCUAUGAGCAGUCCCAGCGACUGACCUGUGAUGAGCCUGUCUUGAGUAACACCUCUGCUGCCAAGCGGGAGAAUUUCCGAGCUGCAUCUUUCCGCAAGAAGUACAAGCUGGGGCCCCCUGUGGCAGGCAUGUGCUACCUGGCUGAAUGGGAUAGCUUCGUACCCAAGAUCUAUGAGCAGCUGAAUGUAAAAUAGACAACAGCCUAGAAUUUAGAUCCCACCUGGCUGCAAUUGAUCCACUUGCAACUCAUUCAUUCAUUCAUUCAUUCAUUCAUUCAUUCAUUCAUUCAUUCAUUCAUUCAUUCAUUCAUUCAUUCAUUCAUUCAUUCUCUCUCUCUCUCUCUCUCUCUGUUCCACCAUACACAGUAUUCUAGUGAACAUCUUUGAAGCACUGGGAAUAUUUCUUUCUCUACCCUGAUUCACUAUUUUGCAACUGGAGUUAUUCAGGUGGUUUUGAUGAAAAGGAACAUAUGUCUGAAUCUCUCUGUGGAGUCUGUAUGUCCACAGCCUGUUUCUACAGAGAACAUUGAAUGUGCAGGUCCUUCGCAAACAGGAAUUUCAGGAUGAGGUGUUUUUUUAAAUAUUAGAAUUUUAGGAUAAAUGGCUUCUCUGGCUUUUUGGUUUACCAAAUGUACAAGAACUGGAACUCAGGAAGUGUUAAGGUUGGUUUAUGGACAAAAACCUACAAAGCUGUUUGGUUCUAAGUCAGCAACCUGGACAAAAAAAAAUCCUGGGCCUUUAAACAGAGGCCUAAUAAGAUGCUAUUUACCAGGUGAUCUUAUUUCCUUCUGAUCUAUGAAAAACUUUAACUGCCCAAUUUCCAUGCAUUAAGCUUUGGUUAAAGAGGCAAAGCCCUGUUUCUUCAGGCUGUUGGCAACCCUGUAAGGUCCAUCAGUCUCAGCAUUGUCUGCUCUGACUGGGCAUUAGCUCUCCAGAGGGGAGGGACUUUCCCAUGCACCCUGAGCUUAAAUGCUGGGGCUUAAACCUAGGUUCUUUGCCGUUGAAAGCUUAUGUUCUGUCACUGAGCCAUUAACCAGCAAAAAGAAAAGCUCUCUUACAAAUUUACAAAAAAACCCAAAAUAUUUCUGUCUGGACAGCUAGGGUCAGGCUCAGUAACAAGAGCACAGAUGUGCUAAUGCAGUUCAACCUGGUCUGGCAGGGUUGAAAAGAUCCCCUGCAGAGGGAUUGCCUUUUCCAAUAUGUAAGUCAACUUCCCAUGUCAAUUUCUUCAAUUAUCACUCUCAUUUUAAAUGAAGACAAGCACACUUACCAUGACAUGCCUCUGAAGAUGCCAGCUGUAGAUGCGGGUGGAACAUUAAGAGCAAAAACCACCAGGCCACACCCACACAGCCCUGGAAAACCCACCACAGCUAGUUGAUUCUAGCUGUGAAAGACAGUCAAGACAACCUACAAAACAAGACAGCCUACAAAAAAGUACAAGAACACUAAAUGGGGAGGGGGGGAGAGAGAGAAAGAACAACCACCCUCUAACAAGGAAAUCCACUUGUUGCAAGAAAACUUGAAUGAGAAAAUCCACAAAAACUAAAUUACAUCAUUGAAAAGUGAGUCACAAACAGCAGGGAGCUUAAUGAAUGACAAGUAUAAUGGUCACCAGUGGAACGUUUCUGCUUAUUUUCUUCAGAUAAAUAAAUCUUACUUUCUUCCAA